CCUCUUCCCCCUCGAGCGCUCUCAGGGUUUCCUCUCUCUCUAGUUGGAAACAAACGAACAAACAAAGGAACGAAGAGAGAGAAGGAAAUGGCCCUAGCAAGCAGCUCCACUCUCUCCGCCACCAACCCCCUCCACCAACUCUCCUCCUCCUCCGCCGCUGCCACUGCCGGCGGCCAGCAGCACCGCCUUGCCUCCCUCCUCCCCGUCCAGCCCCGCCGCGCUGUCCCUCGCCCGAUCUCCGCCGUCCAUGCGGCAGAGCCCGCUAAGAACCCGGCCGUCGCCGAGAAGACCCAGGCGGCCACGGCGGCGCCAGUGAAGUGGUCGCUGGACAGCUGGAAGUCGAAGAAGGCGCUGCAGCUGCCGGAGUACCCGGACAAGAAGGAGCUGGAGUCGGUGCUCCGGACGAUGGAGAGCUUCCCGCCGAUCGUGUUCGCUGGCGAGGCUCGACACCUUGAGGAACGCCUCGCCGACGCCGCCGUCGGCAAGGCCUUCCUUCUCCAGGGGGGCGACUGCGCCGAGAGCUUUAAGGAGUUCCACGCCAACAACAUCCGCGACACCUUCCGCAUCCUCCUCCAGAUGGGCGCCGUCCUCAUGUUCGGCGGCCAGAUGCCCGUCGUCAAGGUGGGGCGGAUGGCGGGCCAGUUCGCGAAGCCGAGGUCGGACCCGUUCGAGGAGCGGAACGGCGUGAAGCUUCCGAGCUAUAGGGGGGAUAACAUUAACAGCGACGCGUUUGACGAAAAGUCGAGGACGCCGGACCCCCAGAGGAUGAUCAGGGCCUACUGCCAGGCGGCGGCGACGCUUAACCUCCUCCGGGCCUUCGCCACCGGAGGGUACGCCGCGAUGCAGCGGGUGACGCAGUGGAAUCUCGACUUCACCGAGCACAGUGAGCAGGGCGACCGGUACCGAGAGCUUGCCCACCGAGUGGAUGAGGCACUGGGGUUCAUGUCAGCAACAGGGCUAACCGUGGACCACCCAAUCAUGACGACGACUGAAUUCUGGACCUCUCAUGAGUGCCUCCUCCUCCCUUACGAGCAGGCCCUUACUCGUGAGGACUCGACCUCUGGCCUCUUUUAUGACUGCUCUGCCCACUUCCUCUGGGUCGGGGAGCGCACUCGCCAGCUUGACGGAGCGCAUGUUGAGUUCCUUCGUGGCAUUGCCAAUCCCCUUGGCAUCAAGGUAAGUGAUAAGAUGGACCCGAGGGAGUUGGUGAAGCUAAUUGAAAUACUGAACCCUCAUAACAAGCCGGGGAGAAUCACAAUAAUUACGAGGAUGGGGGCUGAGAACAUGAGGGUGAAGCUUCCCCACCUCAUCCGAGCAGUUCGUGGGUCAGGCCAAAUGGUCACCUGGGUCUGUGAUCCUAUGCAUGGCAAUACCAUCAAGGCCCCCUGUGGCCUCAAGACUAGACCGUUUGAUGCCAUCCGGGCGGAGGUGCGAGCAUUUUUUGAUGUACAUGAGCAGGAAGGGAGCCACCCUGGAGGUGUUCAUCUGGAGAUGACAGGGCAGAAUGUGACGGAGUGCAUUGGUGGGUCUCGGGCCGUGACCUUCGAUGACCUGGGAUCACGCUACCACACCCACUGUGACCCAAGGCUCAACGCAUCUCAGUCACUGGAGCUUGCCUUCAUCAUUGCAGAGCGUCUUAGAAAGAGGAGGAUCCGGUUGCCGCGCUCCAACAAUUUUAGCUCUUUGCCCCCCUCGCCUUUCUGAGGCCAUGAAGUUUGGUGGAAUCUGCAAUAUUUACUUAUAGUUUUAUUUGUUGAUGGUUUCUCUUACUAUAAAUUAUAUAAGUUAAUAUAUCAGGUAAUGUACUUUCUGUUUUUAAAGCUAUAUGUACAAGUGAUCUAGACGGUUGGCCUUCGAUCUUUGAUAAGGAAAUAAGAGCAGUAGAAUGGCUGCUGUUACGUUCA